AGUAAUAAUGAAAAUUUAAAUUUUAAAACAUUGGUUCCACAAGAGGUACCGAUUCAAACAUUUAAGGAGUUUUGUUGUGUUAUGAUUGAAGACAACAUUAAAACAACAUUUGAUGUGAAAGAAGAAGUUUUUGAGGAAACGAGAGAUGCAUUGAAUGAAUCAAAUGAACAAUUGUUGUUGUCUUUGAAAAGUCCCACAAUUGUUAAAGAAGUCAUGAAAAAGAUUGCUUUUCUUCCCUGUGGUCAUGACUUUACCACCGAUUCAAACAAUAGUGUCAAUGAAUCAUCAAAUAAAUCUAAUGAUUGUAAUUUGUCGACACAUUCAUCGCCCAAAAUGCAGUUAAAUGGUUAUACAUUGAAUUCAGACAAUGAUAACGAAGCGAUGUUAGCAAUACAACAAUUGGAUCAAACUAUAGAUGAGGCCAGUCCUUCAAAUACAAACUCACCGGUAAUUGUUGCCAAAAUUCAAGACAAUUUUAAAAAUGAACAAAUUGACCAACAAAUUAAUAAUAUGAAUAAUAAAUCAAAUAAUGUUAAGCCAACUAAACCGCCGCGUUUUAUCAAUUAUUCAACCAUUGAAAACAAACAAAAAACAUUAAUUGAAAUAAACCAAACACAAUGUGAUAAUCUUAUUGAAGAGAUGUAUGUGACUGAUGAAAAUGGCAGUAAAUCCAAUAAAAUUAUCGAUAAAUGCAUUACUAAUCAUAUGAAAAGUCAAACACUUUAUAAUAAUGAUUCAAAUAAUAGGCAAACAACACAUAAAAAUGAAAUUGACUUAAAUUAUAACAAUUAUAAUAUUAAACAAAUGAAUAUCGGAGUGUCUACUGAUUUGGACGUUGCCAUCGCCAGAGCCAGUCUUAGUUCUGUCGACUCCGGAACCAGUUCUCCAAAUUCAACCCAUUUUAUAGUAGUAGCCAUUGAUUUUGGCACAACUUUUAGUGGCUAUAGCUUUGCCUUUACCAGAGAUGCAGACAAUGCCAUUCAUGUGAUGAGGAAAGUUGAAGGCUGUGACCCCGAUGCUAGCAAUCAAAAGAUACCGACUAUAUUAUUACUGAAUCCGGACGGAAUAUUUCAUUCAUUUGGAUUCGCAUCCCGUGACCACUACUCCAGUCUUGAGCCCAAAGAGGCCAACAAAUGGUUUUAUUUUGAAAAAUUUAAAAUGGAUUUGCAUUAUAAUCAGUCAUUAUCAUUGGAGAGUACAAUCAAUGCAACCAAUGGUAAUAAAUCAAUGUCAGCUUUAACUGUGUUUGCACACGCACUCCGGUAUUUUAAGCUACAGGCGCUACAAGAGCUAAGUGAUCAGUCGGCCACCAAUAUUCUUAUAGAAGAUAUUCGAUGGGUUAUAACAGUUCCGGCCCUUUGGAAACCAUCGGCCAAACAAUUUAUGAGAGCAGCAGCUUAUGAGGCGGGAAUAGGAAGUGUUGACAACCCGUCACAAUUGUUAAUAGCCUUAGAACCAGAAGCUGCUUCAAUAUAUUGUAGACGUAUUAAAUUGAAUCAACUGAUCCCAAGUUGUCCUCCAAGAGAAUGUCAGUCACAGUCAGAAAAUAUCAACUCAAAUGAUGAUAGAUUGGCCAUACAUUGGAAGAAUGAUUCUUUCAGUGCUAACGAUUCAGUUGAGACCUCCUUUACUAAAGGGACCAAAUAUAUAGUUGUAGACGUUGGCGGUGGUACUGUUGAUAUUACAUGUCAUCAAAUGCAAACAAAAGAAGGCUCUCUUAAAGAACUACAUAAAGCUAUUGGAGGACCCAAUGGGUCAGUUGGUGUGGAUAUAAAUUUCGAAAAGUUAUUAUCUGAUAUAUUUGGUGUGGAUUUUAUAAAACAAUUCAAAAACAAACGACCGGCCGGUUAUGUAGAUUUGAUGUCGGCUUUCGAGGCGAGAAAAAGAAGUGCCACUACUUAUCAAACAACUACUUCCAAUAUAUCCCUUCCCUUCUCUUUUAUUAACUUUUUCAAAAAAUCUAAAGGAAUGUCUGUCGAUAGUGCUGUUAAAAAGUAUUCAGACGGUAAAGGCAUAACUUAUUGCUCCAAACUAGGAAUGCUUAGAUUAGAUCCAACAGUUAUGCAACAGUUGUUUGCACCGGUAGCCAAACAAAUCAUAAGUCAUAUCUGGGAUAUACUAAACAGCAAACAUGUCAAAGACGUGACAUUUCUGUUUCUUGUCGGAGGCUUUUCUGAGUCACAUAUACUUCAAACUCAUAUAAGAAAUGCAUUUUCAUCGCGACUUAAAGUAAUAAUACCUCAAUCGCCUAAUUUGGCAAUACUUAGAGGGGCUGUAAUGUACGGACUGGACCCCACUGUUAUCAGUUGUCGAAGGGCUAGACUUACAUAUGGAGUGGGAGUUCUCAAUCGAUUCAUUGAUGGCAAACAUCCAUCACAUAAAUUGGCCAUUAAAGACAACAUUGAAUGGUGCGCCGAUGUCUUCGACAAAUUCGUAAAUUGUGAUCAAUCUAUAGGAUUGUAUGAAUCAAUCACAAGAAGCUAUACUCCAGUUAAUGAGGGACAGUCAUGCAGUAUAAUCCAUAUAUAUUGCAGUGAGAGAGACGAUGUCGAGUUCAUUACCGAUAAAGGUGUGCAACGAUGUGGUACUUUGUAUCUCGACUUAGAUGACAUCAAUUACAUCUCUCACUCCAAUCAUAUCAACUCUGCAUUUAAAACUAUUAUUAAACGAGAAAUACAAACGCAAAUGAUUUUUGGAGACACAGAAAUCAAGGUAUGUGCUUUGGAUGUCAUGACUGGCAAAUGCGUGAAAGCAGAGAUUGAUUUUCUUAACAACUCUAAUCUAUAAUAUAUUCAUAUAAUU